AUGAGGCUCAUCAACGUGUCACCGCUCUUCGGCCUUCUCCUGGCCACGGCGGCCAUCUCCAAAGCUACGCUACCGCCACACAACAUCUAUGAGACGGUCACCGACACGUCACACUUCGAUGAUGAAAUCUCAUUGAACAACAAUACUCUUAUGGGAUUCAUGGAGACCGAAAACCUCCAGAGUGGACCACCGAAAGUCUACACUUUCCGAAAUACUCCCAUCCACCCAAAACAACUUGACAAAGUCAUCAAACGCGCCUUCGCCCGCGGCGACUGCGAAGAGUUCUGCAAAAUCAACUACGGCCACUGGGCCUGCCAUCCCAACUACCCAUGGCCCAUGACCUGUCUCGGUCAAUCCAGAAAGUACCGAUGCGGCGAGCCAGGAAAACCCGAAGAAAACUGGUGGACCGCCAUCGAAGCCUGCAAAGAUCCUCGAAUCGACGCCAACGGCUUCGUGAAACCCCAAAACGACACAACAGCAGCAGGUUAUGACCACCCGAUUCCACUUCCAGAAGACCUGUUCGUCCAAGGUGCUCCCAUUCCCAAAGACUGCAGAGAUCAACCCUACGGUGCCGACCUCUACUACAACUGCCGCAACGUCUGGCAGACUCAACGCUGCUGCGCAGUAUAUUCCACCUGGCAAGAAGAAUGUCUCGAAGUCCAGAAGGAUUUCACGGGAGAGGAAUGGUGUGGAGGAAUGGAGCGGGGACUCCAUACUUUACCUGACGGCGAGUGGGCUGUUCCAGACAAUUGUGCAGUCUACAGAAUUCAGGAUAAGAAGUGUCUUGUGCCGAAGAGAGGGUAUCCGGGAGACUAUGUCGAUGUUCAAGGACAAUCCAUUCACGGUGAUUGGAGUAUGGGACCCGGUUGGCAUCGACUUCCGAUCAACGAUGACAAUAUGCCGAAUUAG